AUGAUUUCUAGUGGUUUUAGAAUUAAUGAAUCUGAUAAGAAAUUACUUCAAUUCAUAGAAGAAAUUACAAUUAACGUGGAUGAAGUUCAAACUCAAGUUCUCUCAGAUAUCUUAUCUUGCAACGCACAAGUUGAGUACUUACAAAGACAUGGUUUAAAUGGGCAUGCAGAUCGCGAGACAUUUAAGAGAGUCAUCCCCAUAGUUUGUUAUGAAGAUCUUAUUCCUGACAUCGGUCCUCUCAUUGCCAAAGGUAAUAGUAUUACAUCUCCGAUUCUCUGCACCCGUCUUAUCAAACAGUUUAUACGUAGCUCAGGAACUUCAAGUGGGGUGAGGAAACUAAUACCAAUAACACAAGAACAAGAAGAAAAACUGUGGCAUUUCCAAGACUUGGUAAUGCCGGUCAUCAGUCAACACGUUCCCGGGGUGGACAAAGGGAAAGCGAGGAAUCUUCUGUUUGUAGCUCCAGAUAGUACUACACCAGGAGGACUAGUAGCUAGUCCAAUAUCUUCAUUCUUCCACAAAAGCUCAUAUUUCAAGAAUCUGUUGAGAAAUGUUGACCCAUACCGCAACUUCACUAGUCCCAUUGAAACCAUUUUAUGUGAGGAUACUUAUCAAAGUAUGUAUACUCAGUUACUUUGUGGGCUCUCUCAAAACAGUCACGUUGUUCGACUAGGAUUCCUUUUUGCUUCUGCUGUUAUCCAAGCCGUUAAGUUUUUGCAGGAACACUGGAUCCUUCUCUGUGAUGACAUCCGAAAUGAAAAUAUAGCAGUGGGAAACACCAAAAUCACUGACCCAACAGUGAAAAAGGCGGUCAUGAACAUACUAGUUAAGCCUAACCCUGAACUUGCUGAUUUCAUUGAAAGUGAAUGCAAGAGAGAUGAAUCAUGGAAAGGGAUCUUACAUCGGUUAUGGCCUAACACUAAAUACAUUGACGCCGUUAUUACUGGUACCAUUUCUCAUCAUAUUUCUAGCAUUAACUUUUACAGUAAUGAGCUCCCCAUUGUCAGUAAUGCCUAUGGGUUUUCAGAGGGUUUGUUUGGUCUAAACCUGAACCCUUUAUGUAAACCCAAUGAAGUUUCCUACACCUUGAUCCCUACAAUGGCGUAUUGCGAGUUCUUGCCAAUAGUUGAUGAAGAUGUUCAGCAACACAACAACUGCAACCUGGAAGUGGAUCAACAUCUUCAAGAACUAGUUGACCUUGCUGAUGUUAAGCUUGGUCGAGAAUAUGAGGUUGUCAUCACCAAUUAUGCAGGACUUUAUCGCUAUAGAGUUGGAGACGUGCUACGAGUGGCCGGGUUCAAGAACAAUGCUCCUCAGUUCAAUUUCGUUUGCCGGAAUAAUGCAGUUCUGAGCAUUGAGCAUGAUAAGACAACUGAAGGCGAGCUCCAAAAUGCAGUGAGAAAUGCGUUUGACCAGCUCAUGAGUAAGCUAAAUGUAUCUCUUGUUGAAUACACUAGCUUUGCUGAUACAUCAACUAAUCCAGGCCACUAUGUACUCUACUGGGAACUUCAGUGCAGCAAUAACAACAAUGCCUCAAUUACUCUGCCGGUGUUUGAAAAUUGCUGUUUCAUAAUGGAAGAAUCACUUGGUGCAGAGUACCGUUCUUUGCGUGUUAACAAUAAACAUAUCGGACCGUUAGAGUUAAAGAUAGUCGAGACAGGAACAUUCGAUAAGCUGAUGGAUUAUGCUGUCAACCAAGGUGCUUCAGUCGGUCAAUACAAGACACCUCGCAGCGUGAAGCUUGGUCCCUUAUUGGAGCUUCUAAACUCUCAAGUUAUUUCGAAUUACUUGAGCCCAAAAUGUCCAAACCCAUGA